AUGACAGACCCUCGAGACAAAGACUUCUCGGACGUGGUCCACGGCGAGGACUUGGAGUUCCGAGAGUCCGUGGAGCCCAACUUUCCCAUCCGCCACAAGCUCUCUGCGUUGUCGAUGCCCCCUCCACAGUUGCUCCUGAACCUCCUGGAGUACCAGCUCGUGACCCUUGCUGGUGCUGCCUCUGGCUUCGCUGCCGGCGUGGCAGUGUGCCCGUUAGACGUGGUCAAGACCCGUUUGCAGGCCCAGGGUGCAUUUCUGCCCGGAAAGUCCCAAAUCAACGUCAAAUACAAGGGUUUUGUGGGCGCAUUCAAGACCAUUCUUCAUGAAGAGGGCAUACGAGGCCUCUACCGAGGCUUGGUGCCCAUCACAAUCGGCUACUUGCCUACGUGGACGAUAUAUUUCACCAUCUACGAGAGGGCCAAAGCCAUAUACCCAGACAUCCUCGCCCGCAACUUCAACAUCCACACAGAUGCCGUCAACCACUUCUUGUCGGCCAUCACAGCGGGAACUGCAUCCUCCAUUGCGGCCAACCCCAUCUGGGUGGUCAAAACCAGACUCAUGAUCCAAACAGGUGCAAACCAAACCAUCUACGGAAACACCAGCCCCCAGACCAAGCCAGAGAGAACAUACUACAAGGGUACUCUCCACGCCUUCAAGACAAUGUACAAGGAAGAGGGCCUCGGAGUGUUCUACAAGGGUUUAGUGCCCUCGUUGUUUGGGUUGGCUCAUGUGGGAAUCCAUUUUCCCGUGUACGAAAAGUUGAAAUUAGCUCUCCACUGUGAACCGACUCCGGAGUCCAAGGGUCUUUUGUGGAGGUUGAUCUUGGCCUCUUCGAUAUCUAAGAUGAUCGCUAGUACAAUCACAUACCCACACGAAAUCCUCCGCACACGCAUGCAAAUUCAAGGUUCUCAUGAAGAUAGAAACAAACGGGUGUCCAUGGUGUCCACCAUUAAGAGGAUAUACCGGAAGGAGGGUCUUAAAGGGUUUUAUGCUGGGUACGUGAUAAAUUUGGCCAGGACGGUGCCUGCCAGCGCAGUGACUUUGGUCAGCUUUGAGUACUUCAAGACGUACUUGUUGGAGUUGACGGAAGGUCCUCUCCACAAUCGAGACCUUGCCACCGGCGAAAUCGGCACCGGCAAUCCCGAACAGUAUGAGGAGGACGAGCCUUCGCCCGUGGCGGAUGUCGACGUCGAGCUUCCUGCGCUUUUGACAGAAGACGAUUUUGACACAUCUACCAAAGAACAGUUGUCGUUUGUGGAAUUCUACUCGCCCUACUGCUCCCACUGCAAGGAGUUCUUCCCCACCUGGGAGAAGACCUACAAGGAGUUCCACAAGGAACUCAAGAAGCUCAAGAUUCAGAUGAGGCAGGUCAACUGUGUGGAGAGUGGAGACUUGUGCAACCGUGAAGACAUCGAUGCAUACCCCAACUUGAGGAUAUACUCCCCCAACAAGGGUGAGGUCGAGGGGCUGAAGUUCGUGGAGAGCUUUCCACGGACGGUGGUCAGAACUCCGGACAAUUUGAAGAAGUUUAUGAAGAACGCAGUAGCAGAAUACGACAGUGGAGCUAUCGAUUUGCCCUCCUCAUCCAAGCUCUUGGAUACCGACGAGAUCUUGAAGGUGGUGGCAGGUGACAUCAGCGAGGCCCAUUUUGUCAUGUUCUAUCCUGCCACGGCCAAGCAGAUAGCCGAAACCGAGGCCACGUCCAAGAACAUGUUUGACUCGCCCUGCAUUGACUGUAUGGAGAUGAAACAGACCUGGGACAAGUUGUCCAACCGGAUUUUGGCCACCGUAAAGUCUGGCCACGUCGCUUGCUACGACAACCCCACCAUCUGUAAAGAGUUGGGGUUCAAGAGCUUGAGCGAUCCGGGUGCAAGAGGAUCCAGAUACAAGAUUCCGAGGUUCGUGAUGUUCUUGCCCAACGAGACAGGCAUCGUCAGAAUGGACUACAAUGGCAAGCCCAUUCUCAGCGAAUUGAAGGCCUUCUCGGACAGGUUGUACGAGAACUCACAGUACGAGAGAAUCACCUCCAGAGGCUUGAGUGAAGUCAUGGACUUCAGAAUGCACCUUCCCAGCAGUCCUUUGAGCCAGUACUAUCCCUUACCCAGCAAAGUAUCGGUGGUGUUCUUCUUUGACAUAGAUACCGUCACCGAAGAAGACAGAGCCAUAUUGCCAUACUUGCUCGAUGUCGUCACCAAGUCUCCUUUCAACGUUCAUUUGUACACAGCCAAACAUGUCAAAAUACCAAGGGAUAUCCAGGAGCAAUCGGAAUCUUUGAUUGACUACAUCAACUAUGACUCCAGCGCAAGAUACAGCUACGACAGAGCCAUGUUCUUGUCGUCAGCACUUACCUCCAAGCCUACCAUUUACAUAUUCAGAGACUACGCCUUGUUUACUAGCACUUUCCAAACUUUCGCUCCCGAAGACUUGAGGGACUACAAGAAGGUAGAGGAGUUUGUUGUCAAGAACCAGUUCCCGUUGUACGGAGAAUUAACCCCAGAAUUAUUGCCUCACUACUUCAAUACUGACCCCAGCCAGAAGUCUGACAAGGUGGUGGUGACUUUCAUCGAGUCCACCGAUGCAAAGCUGACCAACGAUCAUUUGUACAACAUCUCGUUGGCUGCCCAUGAAUACUACUACAACAGGAGAGCAUACCACUACGGCUCCAUUGUUGACCAACGCGCCGACAAGGCCAACCGGGUCAAGCAGUUGGAAGAGGCCAACGCAGACAGUGCCAAGAUCAUCAAGGAAAUGAGCAAGGAAAUCCCCCAUUUCUUCGAACAAAGCGAAGUGUUGUUCACGUUUGUGGAUGUGACCAGAAAGGAUGAGUUCAAGCAGGUGAAUGGGUGGGAUAUCAACAUUGAUGACUACCAAGUUGGCGACACCAUCAUUUUGAGUAAGGACAACCGUUACUUCUGGGACCAGAAUAUCAAGGGCCACAAGUUGCGAAAUGACCCUCAUGCCAUGAAGCCAGUAUUAAUGUCAUUCUUGGAUCCUAAGUUUGCUGUUGGUAGCAAGAUCAGUAGGCAAUUGGUGGGGAGCCCAUACGGCGGAGUUCUUUCGUUUAUGGACUAUGUCCACGAUCGCGGUUUCUUGGGAUACGUUGGCUUUAUUGGAGCCAUUUAUGUUUGUUUGACCUUUGCUAAGAAAUUCCAGAGAAGAAGACACAGAGGUUCUGGUGGGAUCUUGGGCAACUUGGAGAAGAAGGACUGA